AUGUUCUAUUGUGUGUUAUUCUUUGUUGUUAUUUCAAUAGCGUCGACCGGAAAAGAGCCAGACCCUCAUUGCUCAUCAGCUUAUUGUGCAAGUUGCUCAGAAAUGAAUGCUUCAAAUUGUAUGAAGUGUAUUGAAAAUUAUAUCAACGUAUUAGGAACGUGUGAGUACAUGACAACUGCGCAUUGCUUAGAACGUACAGAGACUCGAAAUGUCAAUUCCAUAUACACCACAAAUUGCACUAAAUGUGAAGACGGGUAUCAACUCGAAUCCAACACGUGUGUACAGAGUGUUGGUGUCUGUGACACAUUUUCAGCUGAUGGAAAAUGUUUUUCGUGUCAAGUUGGAAGUUAUAUGAGUGCCGAAAAGGUGUGUGUUGACUGCGGCACAUAUGAUCCGUUUUGUCGAAAAUUUAGUAAUAAACAAUGCACCACAUGUACUGUUUGUAAAGCCGGGAGUGUUCUAAUCAAUGGAAAGUGCCAUAUGACAAUACCCUUUUGUAAUACCUACGUUGCUUAUAGUACAACGGAUAGUGUGACGAAGUGUAAGACCUGUGAAGAUGGGUAUUACCUUCUCUCAGGGAGAUGUAUUCUUGGAUCUUUAAAACAUUGUAGAGAGUAUUACAAUUCUUCUAUUUGUGUCAAGUGCUUCGAUGGAUUUGUAUUGGAAACAACCCCAGAUAAUAAAGUGAAAAUCAACAUUGACAAAGAUAACACCUUUUUGUACUCGACUAAUAUUGUCGAAACGAGGUGUACACCAAUUCGUGGUAUCGGACAUUGUCUCCAAUAUUCAUUUAAUGAAUUGAAAGUGUGUUUAGAGUGUGAAAAAGGAUACUACUUAAAUGAAGGAAACGUUAAAUGUGUGAAAGGAUCAACGGCAAAUUGUGUUUCAUAUUUUACUUCGGGUCACUGCUCAAAGUGCUCUGAAGGGUAUUAUGUAGAUCUUGGUGUUUGCGUGAAAUGUACAGAACAAGAUUUGUUUGAAAGAUACAGGUGUACACAAUGUAAAAGUACAAUACAAACCGCGUUGUAUGAAUGCGUUGAAACCCAUUGUGUAGAUCAAAACAUAGUCAAUGGAGUUUGCGUGACAUGCGAGUCUGGGUAUGUCACAGAUACAACCAGUCAAAGCGGGAACUGUGUAAAAUCUAAUAAUAAUUGUGUAAAAACGUCAAAUGAGAAGUGUGUGUUAUGCACCACAGGCUAUUAUUUGAAUUCAAGUUUCGAGUGCGAAAAAUGCGAUUCGAAUUAUUGUGUGCAUUGUAUCAACUCAGCAAAAACAUGUGAUAGAGAGACGUCGUUCUACCAAAAAACCGUUUUUCCAACUUGUGAAGACAAACUCUGUAAAUCGUGUUUGAGUGACAAUAAAACGUGUGUGGAAUGUUUCAAUGGUGAGAUAGCAGACAGUUACGGAAAGUGUUCAGAUAUUAUUUGUUCCAAAGGAAUUGAUGGGCUGUGCCUCAAAUGUACUCAGUACACACCCUCAGAUGACUCGAUAGUGUUUUAUGACUACCUCCCAACGGAUGGAAUAUGUUUACCAAUUGAUCUUACUUCUGGUAGUAUGUGCCUUUGGGUACUGGGAACUUUUAUUGUUUUCGUGUUCUUUUGA